AUGGAUGACAAUACGAGCACACUCACUGCUCUGCACCAACACCAGCAGCAGCAGUCCCAUAAUCGAUUCCCCCACUCAUUAGUAUGUGUUGGACCACUAGAUCAUCAUCCACUCCUUCCGGAACAAUCACUUUCUUCAUCUUUGGCACCAUUGACACACAAUCCUUAUGCAUUCAACUACCCAAUUCCACUUGCACCAACAGAAAUCACAACGAAACUUCCAAAGUUAGAAUUGAUGGCUCUUGAUGUCAAACAAGAACAUGAAGAUGCUAUUCAUAAUGAAUCGGCUAGCCCGGCAGAUUCAUCUGGAAAUGGAAGUACAAAUGGAGGCAAAGCUCAGAAGCCACGAAGACAGAGAACCCACUUUACAAGUCAUCAGCUUACUGAACUUGAAAAUUGGUUCGCCCGUAAUCGAUACCCAGAUAUGGCUUGUCGAGAAGAAAUCGCAGUAUGGAUCAGUUUAACGGAACCACGUGUCAGAGUCUGGUUCAAGAAUCGUCGUGCCAAAUGGAGGAAGCGCGAGAGAAAUUAUGUGAUUGAAAAUGGACAGGCCACUUCGAAACCAUCAACGAUGACGCCGGGAAUCGUCCCGACACAAAGUUUAGAUCCACUUGGAUCUCUUCAAAACACAUUUCCACAGAAUCUGUUACAGAGCAGCAGUCAGCUCGACGAUUCUGCUGUAACGGCUUCUCCAUUCUACGGGUAUGGGGGUACAUGGCAACCGAAUCCCUACUACUCGAGAAGUAACCAGUUUAAUUGGCAGAUAAAGCCACAGUUUCAAACACUUCCGAUGCCAACGACAACUUCACCGUCUCGAUUUACGACGGCUGUCUCGACUGGGUUGACUCCUUUGCCAACAGCCCAGGCCGCAUUCUCUGCGUCUUCAUCAAACGACAAGCUAAAACUAAUGGACGGUCUCUCGAAUUCUCUCACAUCUUCUCUCGGUCAAACUUAUCAACCAUGUCAGUACACUGGACCCCUCUAG